AUGGAGACGUCCGAGUCUCCUCUCCCGCGAAUACUGCUCGCCGUGGUGCCCGCCGCCCUGGUCUUCCUCUUCUUCGUUUCGGUGCUCUUUGUGCCCGUGGUGCAGUCGGCGUCGGAGGAGCUCCGGUCUCCCUCAGACGUCAUGGUGCUGCUGGACGACAACGCGCCGUCGAUGCCCUACGCAGCCUGGGUGGAAGCGCAGCGGCGCAGAGCCUCGUCGCAUGUGUUCGAGAACGCGAUAUGCGCCAUCUGCCUGGACACGGUGGAGAAAAGGGAGUGGGUGCGGGAUCUGCCCUGCCCGCACGUAUUCCACACGGGCUGCCUGGACGGGUGGGUGUCUCGCGGGCAUUAUUACUGCCCGCUCUGCCACCGGCUGGUGCUGCAGCUGCUGCGGGAUGACGCGCAUGCCGUCUGA